UGUCGUUUGGUCAAUUGUUUCAGGUAAAUUCCCUUCGACAUUUGCGCUGACUACUAUUGCUGGCAUGGCAGUGUGUGGCGAAUAUAUUCGCAGUCAAUUUCCAACGAUAGACGAUGAUUUGUAUCAAUAUGUCGAAGGUAUCUUAGACAGCUCGAAAGACGACUUCGAGGAUGCCGACGAAGUGUACGAAGCUAUUGGAGAAGUGUUGCACGAGGUUGCGGAGAAACCAGAGAAUGAGGUUAGACAAAUAUGUGCGAAGUUAUUGGAAAUGUUAAAAGGUGGGACAAAUGAUGGGAAUGUUGAAAGGAGAAAGAAUGGGGUAAAUAAAGUAUUAAAUGCACCUGUCCAUCUGGGUACUAUGGCAGCUACUUUAGAAUCUCAAGUAGAACAAAUAAGGAGUAUAUGGGUCACUACUAGAGAUGAUGGCAUGAAAGUAGAUGCCAAGAAGUUGGAGAAAGCGGAAGCAAAAUUACAACAGAAACAAGAGAAACGUGUUAAUAGCGAGUCAUCUGGACGUGUUAGUAACGUAAAUCACGGUAUAGAGUCGGCAAGCGCGAGUCAAAUGAUGAGUAAAAAGGACAGUCGCAUGGAAACCAAGGGCAGUGUAAAUAAAACUCAAGACAUUAGGAUAGAAAAUUUCGAUGUAGCCUACGGAGACAGAAUUUUAUUGCAAGGAGCUGAUUUAACGCUUGCGUUUGGUAGACGUUACGGUCUUAUUGGUAGAAACGGUCUUGGUAAAACUACUUUGUUGAGAAUGAUUUCUAGUAAACAGUUAAGAAUACCAUCCCACGUACGAGUGUUGCACGUAGAACAAGAAGUUGCCGGUGAUGACACAUCUGCACUGGGUUCCGUGUUACAAUGUGAUCAGGAGCGAAGUAUGUUGCUCAGCAAGGAAACCGAAUUGCAAGUAGCAAUAGAGAAGGAUGGCGGAAAAUCAGGAGACACGUUAGGCGAAGAAUUAGCUAGAGUAUACGAAGCGAUGCAGCUAGCAGAGGUAGAUAAAGCUCCUGCUAAAGCGAGCGCUAUCCUAUCGGGUCUCGGGUUCUCUGUUGAAAGACAAUCGUGGCCAACGAAAUCUUUCUCCGGUGGCUGGAGAAUGAGGCUUGCUCUUGCCAGGGCGCUCUUUUCUAGACCCGAUCUUUUAUUGCUCGACGAACCCACAAACAUGCUUGAUAUUAAGGCGAUUCUUUGGUUGGAAAAGUAUCUGCAAUCGUGGCCAACUACAUUGCUCGUAGUUUCGCAUGAUCGUAACUUCUUGGACACGGUGCCUACCGAUAUAUUGUAUUUACGUGGACAAAAAAUAGAGGCGUAUCGAGGUAAUUACGAACAGUUUUCGAAGACCAAAGGGGAACGCGAGAGAAACCAGCAAAGAGAAUACGAGGCUCAACAAGCCAAGAGAGCCCAUGUUCAGGAGUUCAUUGACCGGUUUCGAUACAAUGCCAAUCGCGCUUCUAGUGUACAGAGUAAGAUAAAGAUGUUAGAGAAGCUACCAGAAUUGAAGCCAAUGGAAAAAGAAGGAGAAGUAACACUUCGUUUCCCAGACGUCGAACCACUGAGUCCUCCAAUAUUACAAUUGAACGAGGUGUCAUUCAGUUAUACCGGAGGAAGCGAUAACGCAAUAUUCACGGGUGUAAAUCUAACCGCCAGUUUGCAAUCUCGUAUAUGUAUCGUGGGAGAAAAUGGAGCAGGUAAAACAACGCUUCUGAAGAUAAUAACAAGUUCUUUGAGUCCAACCAGGGGCACGGUACACGUCCAUCGAAACUUAAAGUUCGGAUACUUCAGUCAACACCAUGUUGACCAGUUGGAUAUGCAUGUAUGUCCGGUUGAAUUGUUGCAAAAUCAUUUUCCAGGUAAACCUAUCGAGGAGUAUAGGAGAAUGCUUGGGAGUUUUGGAAUUACCGGUAAUUUAGCUUUACAAACAAUCAAUUCUCUGUCCGGAGGACAGAAGUCGAGAGUUGCCUUUGCCUUGAUGUGCGCUGCUGUACCAAAUUUCUUGGUUCUCGAUGAACCCACAAAUCACCUUGAUAUUGAGUCGAUCGAGGCAUUAGGCAAAGCACUCAAUACCUGUCAAGCCGGUGUAAUACUAGUCUCGCACGAUGAAAGAUUAAUUCGUAUGGUUUGCACGGAACUUUGGGUAUGUGGAGACGGAUCUGUUCGAUGUAUCGAAGGAGGCUUCGACGAGUAUCGUAAGAUUAUUGAAAGAGAACUCGAAAUUUAAAGAUCGUUUUUUAUUCUGCUGCUCUGUCAUUCGGCAUUGUCCCGUGUCAAGUUACCGAUACGAAUUUGUUCAUUGAUUCCAAUAAAUGCAAGGAAAGAGGACAUUCGUGGAAAAAUGUUUCUUCUUUAUUCUGGGGGCAAUGUGCAUUUUCCGAUUCGUUCAUCGAUGUAGAUAUUUAUCAGCCGCCGUGAAAACCAUUAUACUGCCUGUUUUUAAAUAAAUCUGAGUGCGUUCAUUGAAAUAUCAUUCAUAAUAUAUAUUUUACUGUCAACAAUAAAAUCAAUGAAAUAGACUGAGUUUGGAUUCACAACAAAAUAGGAUUAGGAAAGUAUCACAUUAUUUCACUGCCAGAUACAAUAACUACAUCUAAAAAAAUUCUGAUAU